AUGGCGAAUGGGCACGACGCAAAGGACAAGGGAAAGAACUACCACUAUAGCAACACACCCGAGCGAGGAGUAAAGGGCAUGCGGGACUCGGACGACCUCGACGCGGUCAUUGAGUUGAUCGAGGGACCCAAGACCGCGCGGGAGAAGGACCGCAAGGAAAGGGAGAGGGUCAAGCUCAAAGCGGCGAAGAAGGAGAAGGAGAAGGAAAAGGAAAAAGAAAAGGAGGAAAACAAGGACUGGGUGGCCAAGGUCAUGUCGCCUCUGCGCUGGCGAAGGAAAGACAAGGAGAGCAGUCCGGCGGCCGGGCUGUCCGGGAGAAGCAAGAGCUCCGGCAGUUUGAUGUCGUCUCUCUCGCUUCACGGGCGAUCGAUGUCCUCCUCAGUUCUCACUUCGCCCGUAUUCACUCCGUCGGUCAGCAGCUCCUCACCACACAAGGGCUCGCCUGGCUCCACCAACCCACCCCAAGGCAGUCCCGGCCGAACACAUUCGUCGGCCUUCCUGUCCCUCUCAAUUCCCUCGUCAAACGUGCUUACCUUCUUCAACGAGAAGGGCGGCAGCCCGAUGGCCAAGGGUCUUUCUGUUUCCGGUGGUGUGCGCACGCGAGAACCACGAGACCAGCUCAAGCACCGUCUUCUCGAUGGAGAGCUCAGCAGCGACGAGGAGGAGAACACGAGAGGAGGUGAGAUGGACAUUCUUGAGUUCCUCGCCACGCUCAGUGACAAACGACCAGCAACACGAGCUGGGCGGGCACCACCAGUCGGGGGCAGCUCCUCGCUCAAAGAGGUGGUCAAGGAGGUGAAGUCGGUGUGUGUACCUUAG